UAAUGGGAGAGUAGUGCAAGGAGUGGAACUGCGGAGUUCAGGUGACUUCACAAAAUUUGUAAGGAGUCGUCAAGAAGUUAUGCUAAGUGCUGGUACCAUUAAUACACCUCACAUUCUACUGCAGUCAGGAGUUGGACCACGGGCUCAUCUCCAGAAGCAUGGGAUCUCGGUGGUGUCGGACCUCAAAGUUGGCUACAACCUUCAUGAUCAUCUCAAUAUGCCACUGUAUGUUAGUCUGAAAUCUCCAGUCAGUGUCACGUUUGCUAAAGUUCAGCAACUACACCAACUCUGGGAUUACAUGAUCCAUGGGAAAGGGCUGUUAACCUAUUCGGGUGUUGUUGGUGUGGGCACAGCAGAAACAGAUCUUGGACUUAUGCUUUUUGGUGUUGGCUCUACAGAUGAGGCACUAUUCCGAGAUAUUGCAAACUACAAACAAGAGGUAAGCAAACAACUGAAUCCUUUGUCUCUCACUUCCUGACCACUUCCAUAAGUGGGGUUACUGCUAUUAAAUAAGACUUCCAUCAUGAACACAAUUUUAUAUCCAGAUGCGUGAGACCAUUUAAUUAUGUGUCUAAUAUAAUCUACAUUUUAAUAAGAUAACUACUGUGUUAGAUUUGAGGUUCUCACACUGAUAAUUAUAAAGAUUACUACCUGACGGCAUGCGACAAUGUGUAAUCUGCCAUACAUUCACUUAAGAUAUUUUGUAGGACCAUACUGCUUCUAUCUUCAGGGUUGAAGAGUAUGCCAAACACGUAA